AUCAUCUCGUCAAUUCUAAAGCGUAAAAAGCGACAACAAGAGAAGCUCUCCGAGGAUGUGAAGAAAAGGUGUGACCGCGUGGAGUCUUACAAAUCCUGCUAUGAUCGCCUUCAUCAAGCGCUCAUGUACAUACUCGUCGAAAAUGCGGUCACUUCGAAGCAACUGGUAACCGGAGUAAGAACGGAGCCACACUAUCGCUAUGCCGGGUAUUACUUGAAGGCCUAUGAAAUCGUUGCGAAUCAGGAAAGAGAUAAGACAAAAUACGAGAGUUUGGAGCCAGCUAUCAAAGCGCUUUUCACACUGGAUUCGGAGCAUGAGAAGAAGGUUCGGACGCAGUUGGAAAACCUCAAGCUACUUACCAAGUUUAAGUUCACUGGAAGUACGUCAGAUUGAAGAAAGUCUAUACGGAAUCUGUUGAUAGAUACAACAAAGCCGUUGUUCUGCAGGAUAAGGGAAAAACUGAAGAUGCUGAAACAGCUACAACAAAUGCUCAGACUUGAAUGACCGAUUGUCGUACCAAAUUGAUUGAUUUCAUCACGAUCUCAAUCUCCCAACAGAAUGCGAAACAUACUGAUUGUGUCCUCAAGUUCCGCGACGAGUCCGUAUCUUAUCAUAAGAUCAUGGCUGAUUCGAUCACGACUGCCGAGCCGGGGAAGGGGAGCAAGAGUAUGGUUAAAACUCUGAAGUA